CUGUGUGUGACACCUCAGCACUACGGACAGUUUGCCGAAAACUCACAUCAAGGAGACUGAACAUUGCCUGGGAUAGAUUUUGAAGUGGAUCGUGAGAUUAGGGUCAUUUCAACAGGGUGAUGGAGUACUUGUGUUUUGUGUGUAUAUGUAGUAUAGGCCUUGUGCCGCUAGUUUACAGUCAACCACCUGGAAUUCCCCCACAAGGAGGCAGCCCACCUGCCCCAGGUCACCAUAACAAUGCACACCAGGCCCAGGGAAGUCCAGGCUGGAGAGAGGCUGCACAAAAUGCAGAACACAUUAUGGAACAUUUAGAUGGUAUCAUGAACAAGUCCACAGCGGAUAUGUCUGAACAAGAGCUGCAGUUUUACUACUUCAAACUUCAUGAUUACAAUAACGAUAAUAAAUUAGAUGGUUUGGAGCUAACUAAGGCCAUUACGCAUUUUCAUGCAGAUGAUGAGGACCCAAAUGUUGUUCAUCAGGUAAAACCAUUCACAGAUGCUGACAUCACCGGAAUUGUUGAUGUUAUUCUCAAAGAUGAUGAUCUGAAUGACGAUGGAUUAAUAGAAUACGUGGAAUUUGUGACUGCACAAGAACGACAGAAGGCUAAUCGUGGUCAAGGUGGUCAGACAUAGGA